UCACGCGGACGGUGGAGAGAUUCCUCCUCAACAUGCAAGCAAGACGGUUGUGGUUUAUAACUGCGUGGCUUUGCCUCUGGCCAAAGGGGCUGAAAGACCCCAGGGACGGGUCAGUGAUGCUUGCAGAUGCCUCUCCGGGUAACCAUGGAGGUCUUAAUCCCCAGGAGUUUGUGAAGUCUGUCAAUGACGCCAAUCGGAUGUAUGAGUUUCUACUGGGCGGGCUAGAGAUGGACAGCGACAACAAUAUAGUGAUGCUGGACGAGGAGUUGGCCUCCAUGCGGCAGGGAAGGGCCUUUUUGGCUGUCUUUAACGACAAGAUCCCCAAGUCCCUCCCCCUCUUGGAAGACAUGGCCCUUACUCUUGAGGGCCAAAAACGCCCCCUUAGCCCGACCAGCUUUGAGACACUUCUUCUGGGGACAGUCUACUCUGCCUACCAAGCCAGACGACAGCAGACGGAAAAAGAGCAGCAUGCGUGGAUGGAUGUCCUGGGGCGCCUGGCCAAUGUGACAUUUGUUGAGCUUCGCAGAGCCAGCAAACGCUAGGUGCUAGAGAAUCCAGCUUCAAAUCUUCUGCAGGUCGCCUCGGAUUCCUGGUGGGCUGCUGUUGGGUGGUUCGGCGUCUGGACACUGCUACCCGGCUUCUGUU